AUGGAGCACUCAAGCAAGAUGGAGUUUUUCCAGAAGCUAGGCUACGACCCGGAGGACGUGGUCCGGGUCCUGGCCAAGCUGGGCCGCGACGCCCUGGUCAACGAUGUGCUGCAGGAGCUGAUCCAGACGGGCAGCCGGCCCGGGGCCCCGCAGAGCAGCACCGCCCCCCUGCUGGUCCCCAGGGGCUCCUGCGGGACCCCGGACUCCAUCCGGCGCGGGCUGGGCGCCGAUCCCGAGGAGGAGGAGUGUGGAGACCUGGCCAGCUCCUUGAGACCCAUCGUGAUCGACGGCAGCAACGUGGCCAUGAGCCAUGGGAAUAAAGAAGUCUUCUCUUGCCGGGGAAUCCAGCUGGCUGUGGACUGGUUUCGGGAAAGAGGACACACCUACAUCAAAGUUUUUGUCCCAUCCUGGAGGAAGGACCCGCCAAGAGCCGACACCCCUAUCAGAGAGCAGCAUGUGCUGGAGGAGCUGGAGCGGCAGGCGGUGCUCGUGUACACGCCGUCCCGCAAGGUGAACGGCAAGCGCGUGGUCUGCUACGACGACCGCUACAUCGUGAAGGUGGCCUACGAGCGGGAUGGCGUCAUCGUCUCCAACGACAACUACCGCGACCUGCAGAGCGAGAACCCCGAGUGGAAGUGGUUCAUCGAGCAGAGGCUGCUCAUGUUCUCCUUCGUCAACGACCGGUUCAUGCCUCCUGACGACCCCCUGGGCCGCCGGGGACCCACCCUGAGCAACUUCCUGAGCAGGAAGCCAAGGCCCCCGGAGCCCUCCUGGCAGCACUGCCCGUACGGCAAGAAGUGCACCUACGGCAUCAAGUGCAAGUUCUACCACCCGGAGCGGCCGCACCGCGCGCAGCUGGCCGUGGCCGACGAGCUGCGCGCCCAGACGCGCGCCUGGCGGGAGGAGCGGCCGCGGCCCCGGGGGGAGCAGGGCGGCCCCCGGCCCGGCCCCCGCGAGCCCGGCCCGCCCCCGGCGCGGCGGGGCGCCGACGGGACGGGCCUGGAGGGGGGCCUCGCCCGGCUCGCCCUCGGCGACGACCCGGGCCCCUUUGGGGCGCUCCCUGCCGGCCUCGCGCCCCGGCCACGCCGUCCCGAUUGGGGGGCGCCCGCGGCUCCCCUGUCCCUGCCGGCUCCGCCCGGCCUCCCCCCGAACCCCCGGAGCCAGGCGGGCCCGCCGGUUCGGCCCCGGGCUGGGGACCGCCUCGGGGACCCGCAGGGUGAUGACCCGGCACCCCCGGCCAGGUCGCCCGCCGCCGAGCCGUGGUCCCGGGAGCCGGGGCGCCCGGCUUGGGCGGGGCUGGGCUGGGGGGAUGGCGGCUUGUGGGGCCCCCCGGGGCCCGCGGCCGGCGAGGGCGAGGGGGACGCGCGCGCCCGGGCCCGCGCGGAGCUGUGCAGCCUCUUCCCGCCGCAGCAGGUGGACCGCGUCCUGGCGCUGUGCCCCGCGCCCUCCGACGUCACCGGGCUGCGGCUGCUCAUCCAGAGGCUCCGGGGGGCCGGGGCGCCCGUGGGGAACCCCUGA